CUGUUCAUUUGCAAUUUGCAUUUUGUGAGUUGUGACAUUAAACAUUAAAGACUGCAACAGUUUUCUGCCUUUGUUUUUAUAGUCAAUUGUGAAUUAUGGAAACUUCUGUAGAGAGUAAACGUACGCCCAACUUUACCAAACAAGAGGAACAUGCGUUGCUGCAUCUUGUACAAAAGUACAAACAUAUUUUAGAAUGUAAAACUACCGACAGUAUUCAAAACAGAAAAAAAACGAACACAUGGGCUACUGUUGAAAACAAAUACAAUAAGAAUUUUGAAAGAAUAGUAUUCCGAACUGCAACAGUCCUGAAAAAUAAAUAUUUGAAUAUUAAAAAAAAAUUGAAAAAGAAAAUUGGAGAUGAAAGGUCAGGAAUCAGAGGUACUGGAGGUGGGCCCUACAAUAAAGUUGAAUAUAAUGAUAGCGAAAACUUAGUUUCUGAAAUAUUAGGCGAAAAAAGACUUGGGCGUCAAUACUCAAAAUAUGAUGAUAAUAAUGGUAAAUAAUAUACUUUAAAAACUUAAAUUGGUAUCUUACAUU